UUUUAAAAAGCUGAAAUCACAGCUUUGUUGUGUCUGCCGGUCAUACAUAACGGGAGAUAUGGUCACUGUCUUAGACAAAAGCUUUCAUAGAAGCUGCUUCUUUUGCAAUGAAUGCCGGAAAACUUUCACUCCUGGUAUGCGAGUCACAUUCUGGAGCGAGAAGUUUUUCUGCAAACAGUGUUUCCAAUCCGCCUACGAUAAGGAAAGCAUGGCUGAAUCUAACAUAGAUGAUCUUCUUUCUCACAAUAAGAAUAACCGAAACAAAUAUUCAGAGGAAGAUGACGAUAAAAAAGUGCAUAAGAGAGAAAAUGAACUGGAAACUUUGCCAGUUAUUUGUACUGAUAAAAAUAAAUCGAAUUUGUCCAGUGAAUUUUGUCGAGAAUUAACUGAAAGAUUAGCAGCACAAUAUUCAGCCACCUUAGAGCAUGUUGUUGACGGAUCAAAACCCAAUGAAAUCACAAGUCAAAAGGAAGAUUCUAUAACUAAUACUAAUGAUACAAAAACAUGUACAGCAGCGGCAGCAGCAGCAGCAACAACAACAGCAGAUGAUACAUUAAAUAUUCAAGAAAAAGAUAACCAGUUGAAUACAAUUAAAAUUGAUAAUGAAUUAUUACCAUCUAAUAAUAAUAUUAAUGAAUGUAUCAUUUCUACAAAUACUAAGAAUAUACCUAUAACAUCUGAUAAUGAUGAUAACACUUAUUGUAGUCUAGUUCAAUCGAUAACAUUAGAUCAACAGACUAUGCAAAUAUAUCCAUCAAAAUCACAUUCACCAGUACCAGCAAAGGGUAGAGUAGCAGAAUUAGUUAAAGUACUUGAACAAGUGACAUUCAUUGAAAAAGAUGGAGUUGAACACCACGAAGCUUUGGUUACUUUAUCAAAGUCGAAAUCUCUUACCCAGGGUGAACCUCAAAAGGCGAAUUCACAAUAUACUGGAAUCUUAUGGAAUUAUGAAGAUAAAGAAAGUUUGAAAAAAUAUCCGCUUACUUCAAAAGAAUUCUUAGUGUCAAAAAAAUAUGAUACUACAGGGAUUAGUAAUCAUCCAGUACCAUCUGCUUCAUACUCUUCACCACAUUCAUCAUUUGUUCCACCAAAACCACCAAAUCUUACAGAACAUUUAAAUAAACAAUCAAUAAGAGUUUGGCCACCUAUUCGAUCUAAUCUGCCGCCUACAAUUAAAAAUAUCAAUCGAUGCAACUAUCAACCAACACCAUUUAUUAAUCAUACCACACCAGAUGCUAAAAUUACCGAUACAGCGACAACUGCUAUUACUAGUGAUAAGAGAACAAAGUUACACCAUUUAGCAUGUUCUACAUCAACAUCAAAAGAUGCCAGUCAUGCUGACGACUUGAAUUCAAUAUCCAGUUCUAAAAUGAAACGUAAAUCAGUAAAACUCUAUGAUAGUGAUGAAUUAGCAUCAAAAUCAAGUGGUAGAAAUACACCUCGGAAACGUUUACACAAGAAGUAUGUUAUCAAAAUAUUUAAAACUUCUAAAGAACAAAAAUGCGACCUGGAUACAUUUAUGAAAAAGAGAAUAGAAAAGCGUAAAUCUUCUCAACAAAUAAAAAGUUGCUCAUUAACCUCUAAUUCAUCAAUUCAAAAACUGUCAAACACUAUGAAAGCAUAUGGUAGUGCAAAGCUGAGAAAUGGACACCGAUUCAUAUGUCAAUAUAUUAAUUUCAAUUCAUUUUUCAAACUGAUAUACAAUUUGAUUAUUGCAACAUUCUUGGUAAUUGGUCUAUUGUGUUUAUUAUUGUGGUUAUCUGAUCAACACGGGGAUUCAUCUAGAAAUGGUAAUUAUACAGGAUCUGAUAUACUUUUAUCGCUAUUUCGUUACUGGACAGGUCAAACAGAUUAUAAAUUACAAUAAUAAUGGAUACUUCAUGAUGUAAAAUGUAU